CGCUGAGAUAAUGCCCGCGGCGCCCGCGCCACCAUGCAGUGGCGAGCGCUCGUGCUGGGGCUGCUGCUGCUGCGGCUCGGCCUGCACGCCGUGCUGUGGCUCGUCUUCGGCCUGGGGCCCAGCCUGGGCUUCUACCAGCGCUUCCCGCUCGGCUUCGGCUUCCCGCGCCUGAGCGGCCCCGGCGCCGCGCCGCCGCCCGCCCCGGAGCCCGGCGCUGCGGGCGCGCCGUCGUGGCUGCGGCCGGCGGCGCGGCGCGGGGCGGCGCGGCCCGGGCGCGGCGUGUGCGGCGCGGCGCACUGGGGCUACGCGCGCGGCGGCCGCGGCGGCCCGGACGAGUACGAGCGGCGCUACAGCGGUGCCUUCCCGCCGCAGCUGCGGGCCCGCAUGCGCGACCUGGCGCGGGGCAUGUUCGUCUUCGGCUACGACAACUACAUGGCGCACGCCUUCCCGCAGGACGAGCUCAACCCCAUCCACUGCCGCGGCCGCGGCCCGGACCGCGGGGACCCUUCGAACCUGAACAUCAACGACGUGCUGGGGAACUACUCGCUGACGCUGGUGGAUGCCCUAGAUACGCUUGCGAUUAUGGGAAACACGUCCGAAUUCCAGAAGGCGGUUAAGCUCGUCAUUGAUACGGUGUCAUUCGACAAAGACUCCACUGUGCAAGUGUUCGAGGCCACCAUAAGGGUCCUGGGCAGCCUGCUGUCUGCUCACAGAAUCAUCACCGACUCCAAGCAGCCCUUUGGGGACAUGGCGAUCAAGGACUAUGACAAUGAGCUGCUGCACAUGGCCCACGACCUGGCCGUGCGGCUGCUCCCCGCCUUUGAAAACACCAAGACGGGGAUCCCCUACCCACGGGUGAAUCUGAAGACGGGCGUUCCUCCUGACAGCAACAACGAGACGUGCACGGCGGGAGCCGGCUCCCUCCUGGUGGAGUUCGGGAUUCUGAGCCGGCUGCUGGGGGACUCCACGUUUGAGUGGGUGGCCAGGCGCGCCGUGAAAGCCCUGUGGAACCUCCGCAGCCAUGACACGGGACUGCUGGGCAACGUCGUGAACAUCCAGACGGGCCACUGGGUGGGGAAGCAGAGCGGCCUGGGUGCCGGGCUGGACUCUUUCUACGAGUACCUGCUGAAGUCUUACAUUCUGUUUGGGGAGAAGGAAGACCUGGAGAUGUUCAACGCCGCCUACCGCAGCAUCCAGAGCUACAUGCGCCGAGGGCGGGAAGCCUGUAACGAAGGAGAGGGGGACCCCCCGCUGUAUGUCAACGUGAACAUGUUCAGCGGGCAGCUCAUGAACACCUGGAUCGACUCCCUGCAGGCCUUCUUCCCCGGGCUGCAGGUUCUCAUAGGGGACGUGGAAGACGCCAUCUGUCUCCACGCCUUCUACUACGCCAUCUGGAAGCGGUACGGCGCCCUCCCCGAGAGGUACAACUGGCAGCUGCAGGCCCCAGACGUGCUGUUCUACCCGCUGCGGCCGGAGCUGGUGGAGUCCACCUAUCUCCUCUACCAGGCAACCAAGAACCCCUUCUACCUCCACGUGGGAAUGGACAUCCUGCAGAGUCUGGAGAAGCACACGAAAGUCAAAUGUGGGUAUGCCACCCUGCACCACGUCAUAGACAAGUCCAAGGAGGACCGGAUGGAGAGCUUCUUUCUCAGCGAGACCUGCAAGUACCUGUACCUGCUGUUUGAUGAGGAGAACCCAGUGCACAAGUCUGGCACGAGGUACAUGUUCACCACGGAGGGCCACAUCGUGUCCGUGGACAAGCAUCUCCGGGAGCUGCCGUGGAAGGAGUUCUUCUCUGAAGAGGGAAGCCCCGCCUCGGAGAGGAAGUCGGGGCCCAGGCCCAAGUCCCAGGAGCUCAGGGUCAUCAACUCCAGCUCCAACUGCAACCGCGUGCCAGACGAGCGCAGGUACGCGCUGCCCCUGAAGAGCGUGUACAUGCGGCAGAUCGACCAGAUGGUUGGCCUCGUGUGACCCUGCCUGCGUCUGGGCCGGGAUGAUGAACACCAGCCUGGCGUCCGUGGUGGCGCGGGCCGGGACGAUGAGCGCGAGCCGGGACGAUGAGCGCGAGCCUGGCGUCCGUGGUGGUACGGGAAGCGCUGUUCGGCUCCUUGGCCGGCCCUGGUUGAUUCUCGUUCAGUUCGGUGUCUCCCUUCUGUUCAAUAAAAUGCCCUGUUUGUCGCGAGGGUGUCAUCCGAGGUGAGGAGGUGCAGGGCACGGGCUUCGACUGUGUGCUCUCGUGGCACGCUGCAGGAGCCGGGGCCGCCGUGCCUGCCUCUCUCGGCCCCGUGCUCUCAGGCCAGGCCUGUGCGCCACAGUGAGACUGUCCAGCCCGGGCCCGUGGUCACCUGCGGUCGUGACCACAGCCAGCGCUGGCCUCUCUCUUCCCUGCUGGGCUCGUUCCCAGGGGUCCCGCCUUGAUUUGGGGUCACCCAGGGGAAACGUCACAGUGUCACUCCCUUGUGCCCAAAGCUUCACAGUGCCGCCGCAGGCUCUUGCCUCGGUCAGCGGCGUUGCCGGGCUUUUGUGGUCGCCCUCCCUGGCUGGGCUGUGCCCGAGUGUGUCGGAGUGUGCCAGGCGGGGCUGGGUGGUGGCCUGCCCUUCUUGACCUCCUGCAGUCCCCAAACCCAGUGCCUUCAGAGAGCCAGCGACGCCCGAGCACAGCCUUGUGCUGUGCUGACUGGAGUCUGCUUGAGCCGGGUGUGGGCUUCGGUUCCGGGUUGGGUUUCUCAUCCCUGGGUUGUGCCAGGUGGGUGCGCCGGGAGGAAGCGGUGACGCGAGCGCCCCAGGGAUGCCCUGAGCCGCCUCCGUGGCAUCCCCGCUUCCGCCAGGACUGUGGGUGGGUUUGGGCCCUGGCGGCUGCAGCUCCUGUGCAGUGUAGCAGGCUUGUCGGUGUUGGGCCCUCAGGGAGAGGGGUCUGGGUGGGUGUGGGUUAGGAACUUUCUGGAAAUGGCUUGGGCAGCCUUGGCUUCGCAGCCAGGUGCUGUAGGCUGGCAUGCUGAGGGGGAGGAGGAAGCUAUGCUGAACCUGGAGCCUUGGAUCUUUGGUUUCUGUUCUCUCAGCUGGAGCUGCAGCUGUGCUGUGUCUGCACCUAGAUGAGGUGUCAAUCAGGGCAGGCUGUCGCUGGCCCCGCCCUGGCCCCGUGUGUCCUGCCGGCCUGCCUGUGUGCCCACUCUGUCCGGGGCUGGCGGUGGGCGCCCCCAGUUCCUCGUGUUUUGGGUUGAGGGGAGGCAGCCUCUCCUGACUUGAACACUGAGGAGUUUCUGUUUUGAAAGUCCACACGUCCGUCGUGUGGUCCUCUGAGAUCCCGCAGGGGGCUGACGUAGUCGGUGUGGCUGUGGACUUCUGGGUGUUUGCUGUGCACGUGGCUCUGGGGGAGUGAACUGAGCGCUUCGGUUUUGCCUUUUUUCUUCAUUUCCAAAGCACUGCCCUGGUUCCAGCAGUGUUUGGUCUCCUGGGUAGAAAACUGAUCACCUGCUGUACACACUUCUGUUGGCCUGACAGAAACGUCACACACGCGUCUCCGCACCUUUGCUGCCUGCGGAUCGACGUGGGGUGGGUUACUAAGGACCCUCGUGGGGGAGCGGCUGCCCCCGUGCCUGCAUUCCCUGCUCUGGGUGCCCUGGCUCCCGGGCUCGGGCCCAGCUCUUGGGCUGGGCAGCGCUGUUGUGGUUGUGCCUGGGGUGUGGCCUGUGCAUCCCGGGCCUGGGUGGCACAACACGUGUUGCGUGUUAGGUGUCAGUCAGGCCCCCUUGACUGUCGGGUGCUGGGUUCACAGAGCCAGGAGAGGAGGUGCUGGUUGUUCUGUGUGUCAGUCCUGCGCCCCCGGACUGCCCGGUGUCAAGUGGUGGGCGCCAGGGUUCUUGGAGCCCAGGUCAGCCCAGGUCAGAUCUCUGUGAGGAUCAGAACCUCAGCAGCUGUGGGAAUCCUGCAGGGCGGGGGCAGAGGAGGGGGUGGCCCGGCAAUUGCCUGGGGAUGCCAGCGUCUGGCGGGGCCGCAUCCUUGCGGGAGCCAUGAGCCAGGGCCACCCUCGUGCCCCACUCGCGGCUGGGUGGCUCGGCUGCUGUCCCUGAGCCGCACGGGGAGCUCUGUUCCCCUGGCAGGGAGGGGACCGAGGAGGAGUGUGCUGGCUCUGGCGGUGCCCGCCUUCGUGGAAGCUGCCUCUGUUUGCAGGCCUCUCCUUGUGUCUUUGCGGCUCUUCCACCAGAACUUGCUCUUUGUAACCAAGCCCGGGGCUUCUGAUGAUGCCCCGGGCCUUUCUGGCCCUGGACUGGAGACUGCAUUUGCCAUGUUGGAUCUGGGGACAGAGGGUCCAGGGCGGCAUCUGUGGCUGGGCAGCUGCCCCCUCCCCCACCCUUGAUGACAGGCGUCCGUCCUCUCUGUGGCUCUUGCAGACUGCACGUCAGACAAUUCCCCUUCCUUCGGGGGCUCCAGGGGUCUUUCUUGCUUGCGCUCCGAGCAGGGGAUGACCGAUUCCCUCAGCCUCAGGGUUGCUGGGCGGGGGCUUUGGGAGAGAAUCCUGACCGUCACUGUCCUGUCCCCAUGCCCAGCUCUUGUCGCAGUGCCUCUACCUGCAGGGCAGGGGGUGUCGUGGGUGUCCCUGGCUGGGGUCCUGCUCCCGCUGGGCUCUGGCUGGAACCCAGGGCGUCCCCGGUGCCCUGUGCCCUUCCUCUCUGUCCGAGGCAGGGGAAUGAUACUUCCAGAGGUAUUUAGUUUUAGUCUUAAUUAACAAACACAAGCUGCAUUUUUAUUUAUUGUGCACAAGAAAGGCAAAUCUUUUCACAGAAACAGUAGCGAGCCGGGAACUCUGGGAGAACUCGCUGAAAUACUAAAGGCUUCUCUCCAUAAUGUGCAAUAUGCUUUGCAAAUAUAGAUGAAACUUGAUGUUUAUUCUGUAAAUAAGGAAUGUAUUUAAAUUAAAAGGGAGCUUUUUGUAAAAGGACCAAAUGUUCUUUUAUAAAUGUAUUACAGAAUUUCUUGCUCUUUGAAAUUUGUUAGCCUUUUUAUGAGUAAUUUUUAUUAAAAGAUUCUUUUCUUUGA